CGAUAUAUCGUUGCGUCGUUGUGCAUUUGACAAAGUUACGCACGAUAACAAAGAAUAUACACAUCCCGAAAUUCUCUUCUCUCGUACGUGCAAGCUUGUCGAGUUUAUUGUAAAUAAGAUCAUGGAUUUGCUGGGAUCUAUCUUAAACUCAAUGGAUAAACCUCCUUCGAUCAGUGAUAAACAAAAAGCAUUAAUGAAAAAGCAAAAAGAGGAGUAUCAGAAGCGUCAAAAAGCAGAAGCUGAAAGAUUAAAGCUUUUUCGUGAGAAGGUAGAAGGGAAAAUUAAUAAAUUUCUUCAAGAUGACGAUGCAAAGGAAUACAAAUUUCCCCCAAUGGAUCAAAUCUAUAGGAGUAUAAUACAUGACGUUGCUGAAGUGGCAAACAUAUGGGCAUAUUCAUUUGGUGAAGAAGGCAUUGAUCGUCAUAUUGUUAUUUUUAAGAGGGAAUACGCACCAUCUGAAGAUCAGUUAAACGCAUUACGUAGAGGAGAAGAAUGGAAUGAAGAAAUAGCAAAGAGAUUAGCGGAGGAGAGAGAAAGACGAGCCAAAGAAGAGCAAGAAGCUGCUGCUAAACCUAGAAAACGAAAAGACAAUUUUGUACCAAAUAGUUAUUACAAGGAUAAGUAUCAACAUUUAAUUGGAAAGGAAGCUGCAUUAGAAGCAGCUAGGAAAACAGAAGCUAAUAGUAGUUAUGGCUGUGUUCCUAGUGAAAAUAAGAAAGAUCAAAGAAGUAUAGAGCAAACAUUAGCAGAUAUUCGAGCUAAGAAAAGAAAACUGGAAACGACUGUUAAGGAGCCAGAGAAUGUAGAUAAAAAUAUAGAUAAAAAUCCAAAUGGAACCGUAUAAUAUAUUUAA